AUGGACGUCGAGCCUCCAAGACCCACCAAGAAGCGUCAUCUAGCGGCAGAAGAGCGACAACGAGCAGUUCGCGCGUGUGAUGAGUGUCGCCGUCUCAAAGAGAAAUGUGAGGAUGGCACACCAUGUAGACGCUGUCGACAUCUGCGCCGACCGUGUAGAUACAAUGUUGCACCGGCUGCAGUGGACAAGCGAGGACCGGGCCUUUCCGCCUCGCCCAAUGAGCUGAUGGACCGCAUGCGAUGCAUGGAAUUCAUAAUCAAACACCAUUUCCCCAAUCUCGCCCUGGAUAUCGUGUCUUUACAACGCACGUGCGAUUCUCUGUCUUCGCCCACUCCACCACGCGACCAGAACGCGAUCGUACCCGAGUCUAUCGAGCUGUCGGCGAAUACCCAAGUGUCUGACAGCCCUGAUAUUGGAGACGAGGAUUGUACCAUUGACCGCGUAGAUGGCACGACAGUCCAUUACUCAGGCGAGUUCUCUCAUUGGAACUUUUCCAUGCACAUCAAACGCAAUAUAGACGAUCUUAUGGCCAAAGCCAAUGUACAGAAUUCAGAGAACGUAACGCGGGUACCAGAUUUCAUUCGCGUCGGCGAGGCAGAUCCAGCCUCGACUUCCAUUUCGGACGUACUUGCUGUUGUGCCACCCCGUCCGGUUGCCACAUUCUUGACUAAGGUCUUCUUCAAUCAUGCCACAAGCGUCUACUACUAUGUAGACCGACGCUGGUUUGACGACAUCCUAAACAACAUAUACACCAACCCAGUCUCACUACGUUCCAAAGAUGUUACUGCAAUAUGUGUAGUACUGAUGGUGCUGGCAGUCGGAACCCAAUACGUCCAUUUAGAAUCGCCCGAUCGCCACAAGGCUCACAACACGGGUGUUGCAACGGACUCCGAAGUUCAGAGUAGUUGGGAGCUCGAGAUUGGAUCCGGCUUUUACCGUCAAGUAGCAAAGCUUCUCUCGGAAGUCAUCCACGCUGGCUCGCUGCUCAGCGUCCAGGCACUUUUGCUUCUCGGCCUAUAUUCCCUACCCAUUGAUGCAUCUGGGCUGAGUUACAUCUAUUUAAACUUGGCUAUCAAGGUAGCCAUACAAAACGGAAUGCACCGAAAGGUCUCGCGCAACGUCCUCGAUACGAGAACCAAAGAAAUCAGGCGUCGCAUUUGGUGGACAGCGUACUGCAUGGAAAGGUCUGACCUACUAGAAAAAUUGAGAUCUAAAGCACACCUCAUUGAUGACGACCAUUUCGAUACUCAAGGUCUCCUGGAAUCAAUCGAGCUCACAAGGCAAGCUGAAGCCUUCCACCACGAAAUAUCGUGUCUCCGCACAUGUGCGAACGCUGAAGUCGGAGUGAUUCUGGACCGUAUCAAGCACAUGAAGGCGGAUCUGCGAGGGCCCUGGUCGCCUCCUCGCGGGGGUGUAUUAUCGCCACCCGCGAACCACGAAGCAGAACUACCAAAAGCUCGCGCAUUGAUCCACUCUCGACUGGAGUGCUGCCUCUUGCACAUGUUUAUCGGACGACCCUUUAUCCUCGCGCACCGUCACGCGCGGACCAAUGCACAUUCCAAGGACGCCAAUGCCGCAUCCCCAGAAGUACGCCAGAGGAAAGCAUCCGAGUCCCACUCACAGUGGGACUUCUUGGUCCAGGACUGCGUUGCGGCCGCGAAGGAAGUUAUCAGCACAUGUCAAAUCAUGCAGACGGGCGACAUGGGCCUUGCAAAGUCGUCAUAUGCCGAAUACAGUUCCUGCCGCGCGUCCCUGCUGGUCUUGAUCGCCUAUAGCAUAUGUUACCGGACGAACGAGUUCGCAAACACCCUACAAGUAGGUCUUCAGGCGAUCAGAGAGAUGGCUUCGGCGGGCGAUUCCGCGCGUUCAGAAGUGUCGCUCCUAGAGACACUGGAAGCGGCGCUGCAUCGACUUCACGUUUUCAAUCCAUUACCCAGUCAACCUGCGGUCACGGAAGCAAAUGAUGCAGCUGAAGAGGGCUACAACGGUCUUCUUAACUGGUAUAAGAAAGCAGAAAAGUCCACAGUCCCUCGUUUUGGGCCUCCAGCAUCCGGACAUGCAAAUGUACAGGCAGCAACGGCGCAGGGCCCAAGGAUAACACCUAACAGAACCGAUGCAACAGUGGAUACCAUGCCAAGCUAUGUACCCCUUGAUGGCUAUCCGUUCGAUUUCGAUCUACUUAACUCGGAUGGAAGCGAGGCGUUCUUCACCUCAGACUUUGGUGACCAUGGUAACGCAGAGAGGGAGUUCUUUGAGAGCCUUUCAUGGUUACCGAAGUGA